AGAGUUGAGGACAGUUACGGGGUAUUUCCAGCUUCCUGUAGAAAUCUUUUUGGAGCGGGGGACGGGGUAAUUUGUGGCACAAUCCUGCACCAUGUUAUGUUGCACAACAGACAGGAGAGACAUUCUCACUUCUGUCUGGUCAGCGAUGAACUGCUAAAUUUGCACUUCCUGUGUGAGCACUUCCUGUAAAGGUGUGAAUGAAGUAAUGUAAUAAACGUCCAGUGUGUGACCUAUAGAGUGUGUUCAUUAUGAUCAGACUCGGUGCAGCAGUUGGUCAGUGUGUGUUUAGCUCCAAUUCUCUCUUUGGAUUAAUGUGUGUGUUUGGGUCCUCAGUCAGAAUGCAGGUGUGUUUUCUUCUCCUCCUUAUACAGCUUCAUGUCACUGAAGGCUGCAGACUGGAAGGAAACGGAGAGACAAAACUGAUCACUGCAUACACAGGAGACUCAGUACUGUUGUCGUGCUCCUGCACUGACCUCCACACCAAACCUGAGACACUCACAUGGAGGAAAUACACAAAUGGAAAUAACUGGGUAGAGAUAUCUCCUGAGAGAGAGCAGUACAAAGACAGAUUUCAGCUGGUUAAUGAUCUCUCUUCAGGAAAUUUCUCUCUGCUCAUAUCACACCUGACUGAAGAGGAUGGAGGAGUUUACAUGUGUAGUCUUAAAGAGAGUGAAUACAGAGACUUCACACUCACUGUUAAAGGUUGCACACUGAAUCGUCAGACAGUGACUGUGACUGGAUACGUGGGACAGUCUGUCCUUCUGCCCUGCUCCUGCUCUGAACUACAAGCCAAACCACACACUUUCAGAUGGAUCUAUAUUAAAGGAACUGAUCGCAUAAAGAUCUUCCCAAAGGACGAGACAAAUCGCUACACAGACAGAGUUCAGAUCUUUAAUGAUCAUCUUCCAGGAAAUCUCUCUCUACUCAUAUCACACCUGACUGUAGAGGAUGGAGGAUGGUACGGGUGUGAGAUCAGCAACAAUAUCGAUACAAACAUCCGACUCACAGUAAAAGAUGCACCAACAAGACCUUCAGCAUCCAGACCAGUGAUCACAACAACUUCACCUAAUCCUGAACCAGUCAGAAUGCAGGUGUGUUUUCUUCUCCUCCUUAUACAGCUUCAUGUCACUGAAGGCUGCAGACUGAAAGGAAACAGAGAGAUAAAAGAGAUCACUGCAUACACAGGAGGUUCAGUACUGCUGCCCUGCUCCUGCACUGACCUCCACACCAAACCUGAGACACUCACAUGGGAGAAAUACACAAAUGAUUGGGUAGAGAUAUCUCCUGAGAGUGAGCAGUACAAAGACAGAUUUCAGCUGGUUAAUGAUCUCUCUUCAGGAAAUUUCUCUCUGCUCAUAUCACACCUGACUGAAGAGGAUGGAGGAGUUUACAGGUGUAGUCUUAAAGGGAGUGAAUACAGAGACUUCAGACUCACUGUUAAAGGUUGCACACUGAAUCGUCAGACAGUGACUGUGACUGGAUACGUGGGACAGUCUGUCCUUCUGCCCUGCUCCUGCUCUGAACUACAAGCCAAACCACACACUUUCAGAUGGGAAUUUUUAAAAGAUCACAAAGAAAUCUUCCCAAAGGACGAUACAAAUCGCUACACAACCAGAGUUCAGAUCUUUAAUGAUCAUCUUCCAGGAAAUCUCUCUCUACUCAUAUCACACCUGACUGUAGAGGAUGGAGGAUGGUACAGGUGUGAGAUCAGCAACACUGACUUUAAAGACGUCUUAGUCAAAUUUAAAGACGCCCCAAAACAACCUUCAACAACCAUCAGAACAACUUCCAAACAAGAUGUAGGCGAAAGAAAUCCAGAAUCUGAAACAUCUGGAAAUGUCCCAAACACAGAUGAUGCCAACACCGCCAUCAUCAUCAGCUCUGGUGUUAUUGGGGUUCUGCUGCUGCUGCUGAUACUCGGAGGAGUCAUGUACUGGAAACGCAGAGGACAGACACGAGGACAGAUCGAGACCGGUGAUGGACAAACAGGACAGAGGACACAGCAGAAGAAGCAGGACUUUACCAAAUCUCUGAACUUACCCGUAACAUCAGAACCCACUUAUGAAGCGGGACACAAACAGAAUGAUUGUGAUGUUCUGUACACAACUAUAAAUCCACAAACUGAACGCAACAAAGCAGAAGAAAAGGAUGAUGUGACGUACUCGACUGUAGUCCACAGUAACACUGUGAGAGCAGCACACACUCCAGUGGAGUCAGGAGAUAAUGUAGUGUAUGCCAGCAUCAAAACUAACUAACAUACACACACACACACACACACACACACAUACACACUCACCUGCACACACACACACACACACACACAUGCGCACACACACAUACACAUGCACACAUGCACACACACACACACACACACACACACACAUUAUUAUAUCUGUGAGGUAUUUUAUUGACUUGUAUGUUACUGUAGCUGAAUAACACAAACCUUCUAUGUCAAAAUGUCUAAAAGUUGUCUAUAUUUUAUCAAAAAUAUUUUUCUUUAAAAUGUGAUUAUUUUUGUACUAAUUUGAAUUCAUUGUGAUUAAUAAUAAUAAUAAUAAUAAUAAUAAUAAUAAUAAUACAGGGUGUAUGUAUGCCUGUACAUUGUUGCUUUUUAUAUAUUUAGUUUUAAACUGUAUUUAGAUCUUUAAAGCAGCAGUAUGUCAUUUUUAAAUCCCUCUUCGAUCUCUUCAGUGUGCAAUUGCUAUCAAAACAUCAACAGGCCUGCCCUGACCCUUAUGCAACUUCAAGCACUCUUGUGUGUAUGUAUCGUGGGUUGGAAAGAACAACAACAACAACAAAAACAUUAUGAUGUUGAUUGUCAGUGUUCAGUGUUGAUUUCUGGGCUGUAAAAAUGUAAACAGAAACCUGAAAUUGUGCAUAUGUACGUUAAAAAAAAAAACAAUAAAAUCUGAAAAGCACACUGUGGACUGCUUGUUUACAUGGCCGUGUCUCAUUGCAAAACGCAUCUCCUCGACUUUCUCUGUCUAACUCUAGACUAUUGUUCGAAAGGCAAGCUUUCGAACUGCAUGCUAGCGAUGCACUGGCAUGUAUUGCAGUCCUUGAGAGUAAUAACUCACCAAAUCGGGUGUUUAAUAAAUCAAUUUAUUGCCAUUUAUUUCAGAUUUAUAGCAAUUACAAUAUGGAACUGACAAGUCCAUAAAAUAGCAUAAUAAAUGUAUACUUUUGAAAGAAACGAAGCAAUUCAACACACAUUGUAAGUUCAU